CUUCUCACCAGCGAUGUGUUGACUCUCCUCUCGCAGCGGUCAGCCUCUUGUGACGGACGGCUUAUUGAUCCGAGGAUCUGGACAUUCCUCGCCUGUCUGGAGAACAAGAAGCUUUGUUUGAGCAAAUCAGGUUUUCCUGAGAAGACAAGAGGGAGGGAUGGAAACAAAGACCCUGAGAGUUUAGACGACCCGGAGCAUGGAGAGGAUCUCAGACCGGCCUCAGGACUUCUGGGAGCUGCAGGAUCUGACUCUGGAGAUCAUUGAGAUUACAUUUUGAUCUUAAAUUCAACGGGAAAAGAUGGAGCAGUAUCUGGAGCUUUGAAGAGGGAGUAUGGACACCUUAAGGAAAAACAAAAAUCCAUGGAAGCUUUAUGAGACAGAAGUGCCACACAGCAGGUUUUGUGAUCCAGCCUGUGGAGUGAGUCCUCCAGAGAAACUGACCCCUGAACACCUGCAGCUCCUGAGAAAUGCAUUUACUCGUCAACAAGCUGAGGAACAGACACAUGAAGAGAGGCCGAAAGGACGGAGCGUGAGGAGCAGAGGAAGAAAUGUAGAGCGGGGAAUGAAGUUAGAAACGUUUCGGGAGGUUAUGAGGUCUGUGGUCGGUCCAGAUGUUGAGGACACAUGGGUCGAGAGGUUCUUCAGUGAGGUAGAUAUCAGCUGUUCGGGGCAGGUGAGGUGGCAGCAGCUGUGCUCCUACCUGCUGCUGGAGUUCACUGAGAGAGAGAGAGCCUCCAUCCCCAGAGCCGCUCUGCUGCACAAACAGCCGCUGAUCAGACUCUGCUCACACAACAAGCGGGAGCCAACAGUGCGUUUAGUCGCCGUCUCCCACCCUCCUCCGCUGCGCUACAUUAGUGUCAGUAAAGGAGGUCAGAUCGGUGUCUGGAGCAGCAGCCUCCACAUCCUCAAGACGCUCGGGCUUGCAGGAGACCCCACAGAGGAAGUGGCGAGCACGAGGAGGUUCAGGGGCUGGACCUCUGAUGCCGUCUAUAUGGGAAACGUACACACGGUUGCCAUAGCUACUGACUGCAGGGACUUGCACUUUAUAAAUGUCUCGACUGGCGCUGUGUUUCAGGACGCCCACCUUUUUGGGUUUCGAAGUGUCCCGACGGCGCUUUGUUACUGGCAUGAUGCUCAGUCUCCAGAGCAACCCUCUCUGCUGCUCAUGGGGGAUGACAAAGGAGGAGUCCAUCUCCUGUGGUUCCUGAAUCCAUCCAAAGGUCUUUUCAAGAGUCCUUCCAAGACAGAGAGCGGCCCACAGAGGAUCUUCUUCCCAGACCUCGGUGAACACAGCAGCAUGGUGUCCUACCGUCACAUCCCCAGCGUCCACCAGGAGCCGAUCACCAGAGUGAUGUUCGAGCCCGGCACCAACGUCGUCAUGACGUCAUCAGAGAGUGACAACACCUCGGUAGUUUUUAUGAACGUGACACUGAAGCAGGAGCCUUACAUUUGGGCAUUUAAGCAGGGAGCUAAAUGUUUUGACUACGACGCGUCUCUGCAGCUGAUGGUGACCGGAGGUUGUGACCGAGCGGUCAGACUGUGGACUCGUUUCAUCACCUCGCGUCCCGUAGCUUCGCUGCUCGGUCACCGCACCGCCGUGCUCGAUGUUAAAAUCUACCAACCUGUGGGGCAGAUCCUCAGCUACUCCAGAGAUGCUGAGCUGAGGGUUUGGGACAUUUCCAGCCAUCAGUGUCUGAAGAGCGUCGCCCUGCAGUUCCCCUGCCAGCAGCCGGGUCGAAUCCCAGAACACGGAAACUUCCCCUUCCUGUUGCUGAGCCCCCCGCUCACUGAGCAGCCUCUCUUAGCGGUGGCAUGCAAAGAUUACCUAGCUGUGCUCAGUCUGUCUGAAAGAAGGAGAGGAGGGGGCGGAUGGUUGACCGAAGAAGGAAGGGAACCUGGACCAAAUAUUCAAAGUGGUCCCCCUCUCUCCUGUGCUCUGUACAACCCCACUUUGAGACAGGUGGCUACAGGACAUGAAGACUCGUCUGUGUCUCUGUGGGACGUCGAGACCGGGAGGAGGCGGCUUCAGAUCCUAAACGCUCACGGAGAAGAGGGGAUCACCUGCAUGACACUAGACUCCUCCCACAGAAGACUGAUCACUGGGGCGCGCAACGGCACCAUUAAGGUGUGGAACUUACUUAACGGCCUGAACUUGCACAAAAUGGAGCCCGUCGACACCUCCGAAGUCACCGGGUUGACCUGUCUCCAUGACAACCAGUUUUUGACUGUGGGAUGGAGUCGGCGGGUCGCUCAGUACGACGUCGCAGCUGCAAAGGAUUUGUAUGUAAGAGCAGACAUGUCGUGGAAGUCCAGCGGUGUCCACAAAUCUGACAUCCUGGCUGUGAGUCAGUGCUCUCCUCUGGGGGUCAUCGCCACAGGAAGCUAUGAUGGAGAGGUCAUUAUCUGGAGGCUGGAGACACAGGGGCCGGUGCUCCACCUGCAGAGACCCACACAGGCAGGAGCGGCGCCCCCUGUGGACGGCCUGCUGUUCCUGCAGCACCGAGCUAGCAACAGGAAGUUGAGAAACCGAGGCGUCCUGGUGUCAUCGCAGGCCGGCUGUCUCUGCUUCUGGAGCAUCACUGGACAGACACACACCUAUGGCCAGUUUUAUUCUCCAGAGCAGCCCGGUGAGCGUGUUUUGAGCCUGAGCUCGGAUCAGCCUCAAAACACCAUCCUGGUCUCUGGAGAUACAACCGGCUGGCUUCAGAUCUGGGACAUCAGUGACUAUGGACUGGACGUCCGACAUGAUGAGAGUCCAGUGUGUGAGCGGCCUCCUCUGCUGCAGCGAUGGAGAGCUCAUGAGAGAGCGUUAGUGAGCGUGGACGUCUUCGAGGUGUCCGGCAGGUUGUUCGUCCUCACAGCCUCGAGUGAUGGCUCUGCUGGACUGUGGACAAAGGAGGGAGAUCAUGUGGGUUUCUUCGGACAGGAGGUUAUGUGGAAUAUCUCAGAGCCAGAGACUUAUCAAAGAAAGGCUCAAAGAGAACUGACAGAAGACACAGAGGACAGGACUGAGAGUGACGAAUUGGGGCUCAAAGGUCAAGUACCUGGACACGCCUUCAGGGAUCGAGCAUCACAGGAGGAAUGCUGCUCUGAAGCUUCACCCACCAGCCUGGCAGAGAAUGACCACAAGCCUCCUCAGCAACCCAUGGUAACCUGUAAACACACAAUCAGCAGCCGACGAGUAUAAACACUUGUCAAACCCAUCUGGCCUUCUUUCCUUCGAUCCACCAAUGCAUCCAACCAUCAAAUGUGUGUGUCAGUAUCUGUGCAAGGACUUCUGCCAGGCGGUAGCUUCGUGUCACAAGAGGAGACGUGACGGAUCACUGUUGAUUGGCUGUUUUUGUCCCCAUCAGACUCUGGCCCUGCAUUAGACAGAUUUGCUAUUCCUUCCCUACUUAAGUACCUAUCUGUACAGUAUGUUCUAACGGACUGCACAAACAAAUCAUCAAUAAUUAUAUUUUUA